AUGUUUGAGAAAAAUCUCUCAGAUUUGAUCCGCGGGAUCCGUGCCCACCCUGAUGAUGAGACCAAAUACAUCAGCAACUGCAUGGAUGAGUGCCGCAAGGAACUCAAGAAUCCCGAUCUCGACGUGAAGGCCAACGCCAUCGCCAAGCUCACCUAUCUUCAAAUGCUUGGCUUUGACAUUUCCUGGGCCUCGUUCCAAAUUGUCGAGGUCAUGACCUCGAAAAAGUUCUUGCACAAGCGGAUUGGCUAUCUUGCGGCAGCGCAAAGCUUCCAUGAGGACACGGAUGUGCUCAUGCUCACCACCAACAUGCUGAAAAAGGGCCUCACCUCGCAGAACAUGUACGAAGUCGGCCUGGCACUCAACGGCCUCAGCAACUUUAUGACCCCUGACUUGGCACGCGAUCUGGGCAACGAUGUCAUCACUUUGAUGACCUCCGUUCGUCCCUACGUGCGCAAGAAAGCAACGCUGUGCACGUACCCGCUCUUUCUCAAGUACCCCGAAGCGCUGCGUGCGGCCUUUCCCCGCCUUAAGGACAAGCUGGAAGACUCGGACCCCGCCGUUCAGAGCGCUGCCGUCUCCGUCAUUUGUGAACUCGCCCGCAAAAAUCCCAAGAACUACCUCUCCCUCGCACCCACCUUUUUCAAGAUUCUAAACAGCUCGCAAAACAACUGGAUGCGCAUCAAGAUUAUCAAGCUCUUUGCUGCCCUCUGCCCCCUGGAGCCGCGCCUGGCCAAGAAGCUGGCCGAUCCCCUCACAGACCUGAUCAACAGCACCCCGGCCAUGUCCCUGCUCUACGAGUGCAUUCAAACAGUGCUCUCUGGGAUGCCCGAGCAUGUCUCGACUCUACAGCUCUGUGUCCAGAAGUUGCGCAUUUUCAUCGAGGACCAUGACCAAAACCUCAAAUACCUCGGUCUGCAAGCCAUGGCGCAAGUCCUCAAGAUUCAACCCAAGGCCGUUCUUCCGCACCGUGACCUCAUCAUCGAAUGUCUCGAUGAUCGCGACGAGAGCAUUCGUCUCCGUGCCCUCGAUCUCCUUGCCGGCAUGGUGAACAAAAAGACGCUUGUGGACAUUGUGCGCCGCCUUCUCGUGCAUCUUGAAAACUCUGACGGGGCCUCCUAUCGCGACGAGGUCGUCUCAAAAAUUGUUGACAUGUCGGCCCAGAACCACUACCAGUUUGUCGUCGACUUUAAGUGGUAUGUUCAGGUCCUCAUCCAGCUCACCCGUGUCGAGAACACCCGCCAUGGCCGCCUUUUGGCCACCCAGUUGAUGGACGUGGCCAUUCGCGUCAAGUCCAUCCGCGACUUUGCCGUUCCCGCCCUGGCGGGCCUGCUCCAAGAGUCCCGUCUCUUCUCCAGCACGAUCAACGGCAUCAAUGAGGUGCUCUACGCCUCCGCCUUUGUCGUGGGCGAGUAUGCCGAACACCUCACGGAUGAGGCAGCGGUCGUCGAGGCCCUGCUUCAGCCACGUGUCGCGUCCCUGCCCGCGCACAUUCAAGCCGUCUGCGUGCACAAUACCCUGAAAAUCUACGCUCGCCUCACGGAGAAGAUUCAAAAGGGGGAGGGCAGCGUCGACAGCCUCAACGCCAUUGUCAACGUUAUCACCUCUCGCAUCCCCCUCUUUGUUCAAAGUGGCGACCUCGAGGUCCAGGAACGCGCUGUCUUUGUCGGCGAAAUGGUCGGGUUUCUGGCAGCACAGCGUGAGAAGGGUGAGGCUCUUGACCACGAGCUGCUUCAGCUCUUCGCCGAAGAACUCAACCCCGUGGCCCCCAAGGCCCAACGCAAAGUGCCCGUGCCCGAAGGCUUGGAUCUCGAUGAAUGGAUCAACACCCCACCUGCCUCGGACGACGAAGCCGAUACAAAGGAUGAUGACGAUCUCGACUUUGGCCUUGACUUUGGCUUUGGCCCACGCUACGAGGACGAAGACGAGGAGACACGCAACCGCAAGCGCCAAGAGCGCCUGGCCAUGCAACAGGCAAACCCCUACCAUCUGGGUGGUGCCACGGGCGGUGAGCGUCACUCCCCCGAAAAGGCAACCUUCCAAGACGUGAGCGACAUUCCUGUGGAACAAAUCCCCAUUGACCACAUUGAGGUGCAAACACCCCUCUACGUGGGUCUCGAUGUGGCUCCGACCAUGCCCAAGAAGAAGAAGAAGAAGAAAUUGUCCAAGAAGGAAAAGAAGGCUCUCAAAAAGAAGGGGUUGCCCGUGCCGUCAGACUCGGAAUCCGAACCCGAACCCUCCAUCGAGAUCCAGGCCACAGAGGAAAUGCCCGACGGUGUCGCGGACAGUGACCCCGAUGACAACAAUGAUGUGGAUGAUCCGCACCGGGCCCUGGACAUCGACCUCGAUGCUCCGAUGGAUGCCAGUGAGAUGGUGCUACCCACGCCCAGUCACCACGUUUCCAAGGGCCUGAGUGCCGAGGAGCUGGCCUCGCUCGAGCGCCAGCGUGCUCGCGAGGCCCGCAAGGCCAAGAAAAAAGCCGACAAGGAUGGCAAGAAGAAGAAGAAGAAGAAAUCCAAGGAGCACGGUGAACACCACACACACCAGCAUGAGCAUGUGCACGAGCACGAGCACGAAGCCGAGGCCGAGGCUGAGCCUGCAAAUGUCGAGAUUGUGACCGAGGAUGCCGAGCCUGAGGCUGUUGUUGAGGUGGCAGCCGAGCCUCCCGUGGCCGAGGCAGCGGCCGGCGAGACCAAGAAAAAGUCAAAGAAAGACAAAAAGGAUAAGAAGGAUAAGAAGAAGAAGAAGCACAAACACCACGAUAGCGAAGCACCAAGCUCACCAAGUUUGGCGUUGCGCCCGCUUGUCAAGGGCGAUCAUCUGGCUUCUGCCUACGCCAUUUCUGGUCUGGACAAGCAAGUGCAAGUCACCUUUGUCUUUCAGAACAUCGUCGAAACCGAGGUCACUCUGAAGAGCCUGCACAUUGAUGAACCGGCCUCGAGUGUCAAGGUGGCGUCUCAAGAAGGCUUGAACGAGCCGCAGACUUUGGGCAUGUCGACGCAGCACAAGGCUGUUGUCACCUUGAGCGUCGAGGAUGCAACCAAACCCGUGACCCUGACGGGCAAGGUUGAGUAUGCAACAGCGGACACUGCUGACGGCGAGCUGGCGUUUGAAAUUGCUCUUGGCUGCUCCACUUUUUUCAAGCGGGAGGCGUGCUCCACGGAUCGCUUUACGGAACAGCUGUCGAGUGGGUCAUUAAGUGCGAGCAAGAGCGAAGUAUUUUCUUGCAGUGCUCCGUUUGCGCAGGGUGUGCAUGCCAUCCAUUCGCUUGGUUUUGCGGGUGUCGAGUUUGUGGAUCAGGCUGCCUCGCUCUUUGGUGAAUCAGUCAAUGGUGAUGUCGUAUGCAUCCUGGCCAAGGAUAAGGGAGAACAGUCAAUAUCGAUCGAUUUCAAGGCUUCAGCCGAAUCGCUGAUUGAUGGACUCGUGUCGGAGAUUCGCGCGGCCUUGGCCAAGUAA